GGGAAAAAAAUAUAUUAAGAUUGUAAAAGAAGAAGAAGAAGAAGAUAAACUAACCCCAUCAAACUGAAUUUCACUGCUUUUUCUGUCAUAAAUCCAUUAGAGUUGACAAAACUGAAAACUUUCUUCUUCAUUAUUAACUACCUCUCUGUUUCUCUCUGUUUUUGUCUCUCUCUCUCUCUUGUUAUGAUCUAAAAGAGCUUUAGUUUUCCAAUAGAGAGGGAAAAAAAAUCCUUUUGAGUAGUUUAUGAUGCUUCCCUUUUCUGCUAUGGUCCAUAUGGGGCACCACAUAGCAUAAAAAUCUUGGCUUUCUUUUUCAAUUUUUAGGAUUAGUUUUUGCAGCUGCCACAAACUAUGCUCCACUUGAUAAUUCUCAUCUGGGUCCUCUCUGUGAGCAGCUCAGGAGUUUUAGGAUCAAUCAACUCAUACUGCCCACAUCAUCAUCUUCAGCGAUUCGAUCGGAAAUUCGAGCAGAAAACCGAUAGGUUUUGGAAGUUCCAAGAGCAUUCCAACAGCUGGGUUGAAGUCCAACUGCCUUAUGAUCUUGUCUCUUGCAGAAAUGGGAGUUGCACCAAGUUUGGCCAGAUUAAGAAUUAUAGAUUGGAGAAAAACAGAGGAGAGAACAUGGAGAAAGAAUACGAUGGAGGUUUCGACGAGCGGACCGAGAACUCGAAAAAAGAUGGGGGAGUAGAAGUUGCACACAAGUUUGAUGUUGAUUUGCCUGUGAGAAAAAGAGUGUCAUUGACUAAAGUUUCAGAAAUUUCCAUUUGGGUCACUGGUGAAAGUGGUUCAAUCUAUGAGAGGUUUUGGAAUGGAGUUCAAUGGGUGAUAGCUCCUCAUGAUUUGCCAGUAUCAGCAGGUCCUGCUGUUUCUAUUUUUGCUGUCAAUCACUCAAUUCUAGCUCUGUCUGAAGCAGGUGUUUUGUAUCAGUUGCAGCUCAGUGAAAGUUCUCAACCAAUUUGGGUUGAGCUAAUACCAACACCUCAUCAAACUACUGGUGAAGAAGAAGUGAAUCAAGUUUCUUCAAUCCAAGCAUUGGCUGGUGUAGUUUCUCAUGAUGGGAUGAGAGUUUAUUUCAAUACAAAGAAAGGAACUCUGUUGGAACUGACUGAGCUUGAGCCUCCAAGAUUGGUAGAUCACGGCCAACCCCGUGAUGCCGAUGUUGCAGCGAUAGUAGAUGUUGCUAGUUUCAGAACAGAAGUUGUGUAUACCAUAAGCUCUGUGGGAGAUCUCUAUGAGUAUGAUAGGAGCUCAAAGCCACUCUGGAAGAAACAUGUAAGAAAAGAUAAAGCAGCACAAGAUCUCCGUCUUAUGGCGUCGACGGGAUGCUAUAUACAAAGCUUGAAUGGAGAUUAUUCCAUAUCCCUUUUUCUUUUAACUAAGGAUGGCAAUUUGGUAGAAAGAAGAUUGCACAAAAGGAAGUGGAAAUGGAUAGUCCAUGGAAGACCAAGUGAUCAUCACCUUGCAUCUGUUUUACCAGCCCUGGUAGAUGAAUCAAAUGAGAAAAUUCUCUCAUUGUUUCUCACUACGUCUUCCGGUUCCGUAUUUGAGUAUCGAACGCAUAGUUAUCCAGGUCAUGGUCAGGAGGAUGAAGUACCAGAAGCUUGGGUAAACCACAAGCAUCCCUUGAAUGCAAAAGCUGCAAGAGGUAUUGCUGGCUUACAGUUCCAAGUUGGACGAAUACUGUUUGCACUCGACGACGGUAGGCUCGGAGAGCUGCAUCUUGCAGGAUUAGGUGGAGAAAAUUCAGGGCCAACUCAUCACACUACUUCAAGAAGAAAAGCAGCAGUUAGAUAUACAUGGUCGAUACUAGAAGCACCGGAGACGGAAGGGUGGAAUGCAGAGUACUGUACCGAACACCGGGGACCGACAAACUGCUUAACAGGCACUAAAGAUGAUCUAAGUGAUCAAGGGGCAAGAAGAUCAGCAUCAAGAAGACCAAAGGGAAGCCAACCACAACAAAACUACUUAAUCCCAGGAGAAUCAGAGAGUGUACCUGAAAAAUCAUCUGACGAUUUCAAUCUUCUUGCGGAAAACUGGACCAAGAACAGCUUCCGACUUCGUGUGAUGCACGGAGGAAGAUCGUUUUUCCUGAUAACAGUUGAUGGCUUGAUUUUUGAGUACCUUUACACUGGAGAUGUAUGGUUGUGGCUGAGGCAUGAGAGCCCAACUCAUAUAAAAGGUGCAGUCGGCAAUUACAAUGGAAGUUUAUACUUAGUUGAUACUUUUGGUAGCUUGCUGAUUAGAGAAAGAAGCAGCCAAGAACUGGCAUGGACAAACUGCACUGCUUUUAGAAGAGGGAAACCGCUCAUUGGAGGUGCUCCUUGGGAUAAGUUCUUAGGUCUAUCUAUGAAGGUUACAACAGAAGAUGCACUUUUCUUUGUCAGCAAAACAGGGAGAUUACUCCAAUUCACUGUUGCAUCGAGAAAAUUCAAGUGGAAAGACUGCCAAAAUCCUCCGAACACCAAAGUUGCAAGCAUCAUAGACCAGGAGACGUUCAGGGAAAACAUAGUAUUUGUGAUCGGAACAAACGGUCGGCUAUACCAGUACAAUAAAGUGACAGCGUUAUGGCAUCAACAUCAUCAGUCUCAGCAUCUACUUCUAUCAAGAUGGCCUGGAACCGCAACCAGACCAUCACCCUACUCUCUUACAGGCUCACUAUUUAUGAUCUCUAAAGAAGGUGGCCUCAUUGAAUACCAUUGGAACUCAUGGGAUGGUUGGAACUGGGUGGAGCAUGGAAGACCAUACAGAGGCGUGACGUUGGCAAGCGCGCCCGGGCCGUGCUUCGAAGGUAAUCAACUGUUUCUGAUUGGUUCUGAUGGAAGAGUAUACCUCAGGUAUACAGAUGAAGACACAUGGAAAUGGAGAAACUGUGGGUUCCCACACAUGUUUGAUAAAGAUGGAAAAGUGGAUUCAAAAGAUGGAAAUGGGCUAACUUGUGUUGAUGAAGAGCGUGCAUUGGAGAAAGAUCCUGAAAAUGAAGAGGAUAUUGACAAAAACUGUGAUCCAAAGGUUGCAUCCACAAGACCAAUUCAAUUUUCUGAGGAUGCAGUCAUUUUUGAGCUAAGAGAUGGCAGGUUGGCUGAAAUGCGACAAACGGAUGACUCGAACUGGAUCUGGUCUCGUGUUAUCGUCACUCCCACGAGCUUAUGUAUUGCAGAUUACUGGACAGCUUUGGCAUCAUGAAAACUAAUGCAAAGCAACCAAGUGUUGAAGCUUUUGCAGGCAAAAUGGUAACAUCCUAAGGUUAUAAAAUGUUGUACAAAUAAAAAGACAAACAGCCAAUUUGUAACAGUGCAACAAUGAUAUUAAGGGAAUGUUUUCUCAGAUGAAGCUUUCUGUAUAUAUAGCAUAAAAAGUGAAAAUAUUUGCAGAAGAUACAUGUUUGGAUGAAUUAUUUCAUACUAAAUGACAUUUAUAUUUAGGUUAUAUAAACAAAUAUAUUAAAGGGUUGUGAAUUUGGACUUGUAGGCCUCU